AUUCUCUCCCCAGUCUUUGUGGUCAAAUUUAAAAUGGCGGUUUAGUUCCCAUAUGCAGGGUUCGACGAUUUGACAAGUUGAAUCAAGUAUAGUACACAGUGACACCGUCGUAUGCUGAAAGAAUACAUACUCGUUCAUAAUUUAUCUCACUGGAGUCCUUUUGACAAGCUUAGAAGUUAGAAAUACACGCAAGUCAAGACUUGAAUAUGGCGUAGCAACUGGCCAGUCCCAUCGAAAGAGACAAAGAUACCUACAGGUUUGAUUAACUGAAAGCAAAGCAUGAAUAAGGAACAAUCUGGAUUGCCUGUUGCACAACAUUCCGAAAAUGUUCCACUUGCCCAGGAACACACAAGUGCAACCAAUGAACAAUCUGUUCAACUAACUGACAAUGUUCACCAUCAGUCUGCUGCUAGUGAGGAGAGACAUCAAGAGCCAAAAGAACUGGAAAAUGAACGAGAAGAAGAAGCUGAAAGUUAUGUACAACAUACUCCAAAGAUAAAUUGCCCUGAAAAAAUUGUUCUAUGUUUUGAUUUAUCCUCUGAGAUGAAUGAGGUCAUAUCUCGACAGAACCAAAAAGACAGAACAGUAUUUGAACAGUUGAAAAAAUCAGUGGAGAUCUUUGCAAAACACAAGCUCAGAUUCAAUAAAAAACAUAAAAUGGCAAUACUUACUUUCGAAAAGGAAGCUUUGUGGGUUCAAGAUUUUAGCAAUGAUUUGCAUUUAAUAUCAGAUACUAUUGAUAAUAUCCGGCCAAAUCAAGAAUUUUCACUUCCUCAAUUUGAUAUGGCGUCACUGUUAGAAACAAUAGAAAAUCAUGUGGAAUUGCCACAAGUACCGAACGAAGUUGAUAUUCCUCCUGAAUAUGUUGUUCGAAUUAUUUUGAUUUAUGGAAGAUCUCACAGUGAAAUACCAACACUAUCUCGUGAAGCCAGACGAAUAUUUGACCGGUUCACGUCUUGUCGUCUUUUCUUUUUUGAUGUUUUGUACAUCCAUCAAAUUCCUGGUGGGGAUAAUAAAUGUGAGGAAAUCUAUGAAGCACUUUGUAAACUGGAUGAAACUGAGGAAUGUUUUGUAUUGGAAGUUAGUACAUAUGCUGCUGUGAGGUUACAUGAUUGUACAGCUAGACUACUUGCUCAUCCCCUACAGAGACCCAGGCAACAAGAUAUUGAAUAUAGAAUUGUUAAAAGCGAUGUUGAGAGCAGUGAUGAGGAAAGUCAAUCAUAAAUUUGACAUGGGAAAUGCUGGAAUGUAAAACAUUACAGUAACUUACAAUAACAUAAUUAUUAACAUGCCUCAUGAUAGGUAAGUUAGCUGCCGCACACAAACCACAGAAUGACUUCAAGAUGUAGACAGUAAAAAGUUCGGGUUAAAGGAUCAAAUAAAUAAUCCAACCUCA